CUCCGGACGGUCCAGCUCGGAAUCGGGAACCUCGACCGACCUCGCCGACCUCACCGAUCCCGACUCGAAGGGAGACGACCGUUACAUAAAUGAUUCCAGGCUAAGGUGUUCCCCGGCAGAAGCUCGAAAGAGGCCGGAAGGGACCGCUCGACGAGAUGAAGGACGACAAUGCCGCCGUCAAGGCGGCGCCGUCCCUCCUGGUGCUCUCGGUCUCCGCCCUGACGCACGUCCUGCUGGUCUGGCCGGUGAUCUACGUGGUCGUCCUCUCGGCCAUCAAGUACAGCUUCUUCUCCUGGCACCCCAUCUGCACGACGGUCGGGGUGUGUCUGCUGAUGACGGAGGCGGUCUUCGGCAUCUCCGGGGAGGCCUACUUGAACCAGAGACUCUCCAGGCGCGGCAGGGUGACCCUCCACUGGGUGCUGCACACCCUGGGACUCGGGUUGACGAUCGCCGGCUUCGCGGUGAUAGUGGUUAACAAAAGCUGGUACAACAAGGACCACUUUAUGACGACCCACGGCCAGCUGGGGCUGAGCGCGGUCGUCGUGGGGGUCCUGGUGGCGAUCUCCGGCAUCCCCACUCAGAACGCCAACUGGCUCUACCCUCGGGUAAGCCCCGUCCUGCUGAAGGUGAUCCACGGGAUCCUGGGGAUCGCGGCGACGAUCCUCCUGUUGGCGGCCACCAUCAACGGGAUUUACCUACGCUGGUGGCCAGGGUCCGAGGUAGGUCGGGAUCUGGUCUUCGCCUCCUUCGUCCUCGCCUUGAUCUUCCUCCUGGCGAAGCCCGUCCUCGGCGCGGCCUCCAGGAGCAGGCUCCUCUGGCGCCGGUCCACCAGGGUGGCGAGGACGUGACGAUCCUCGGAAGGAGGAGAGGGAUUCGGCGGCGGUCGGCGGUCCGACCUGCAUCGGAAAGAGGAACGAAGACGACGGAGAUGACGUAGCGGUCGGGCCGAGCAAGGACCCCCUCGGGACGUUCUCGCGGUUCCGCGUCGACAUGUGCUCGAUGACGUAUCGUCAACCACGUAUCAACACUUUAUUAACGAUACACGCUCCUACACGUAUACGUCAAACACGUAUGUAUAUCCGCGUAUAUACGCGACGAACACGGGGUGUACAUAGUUUCGGACGAAACGACGCAGAUACGCGACUCCCCCUCUCGGGGAUCCUCCUCUAACGUAUUCCGCUGCGGCCGUCCGCGGUUGCGCUCCCGCGUGCGGCUGCAUUCCUUCACUCCGUACAUCGCUAGGUACCUAGAUAUUCGCACGUACUCGCGUGCAAAUUAAUUCCCGGCACUCUCGCAACGACUGCUUUGUCUUCUCCCUCGUGCGCGCGCCUAAUUCGCCUCCGCUUAACGUUGCGCAACGACGUGAAUACAUAUACAAUUUUUAUAGAUAAUUUUGUAUACAUGUAUGUAUAUAUAUAUAUAUAUCAUCUUUAUAUAUUUAGCCGUAACUCCUC